AUGGCAUUUCAAUCACCAAUGCCAAGUAGAGAAUUCCUUUGGGAUAUUUUCAGGAGAGUUGAUAAGGAUAGAAGUGGCUACAUAUCUGCAGAUGAAUUACAACAAGCUUUGUCAAAUGGAACAUGGAAUCCAUUUAAUCCAGAAACUGUCAGGCUUAUGAUAGGAAUGUUUGAUAAACACAAUAGAGGUGCAAUAACAUUUGAUGAUUUUGGAGCUCUAUGGAAAUAUGUAAGCGAUUGGCAGAACUGUUUCCGUUCAUUUGACCGUGAUAAUUCUGGUAAUAUCGACAAGGAUGAACUCAAGAAUGCGCUUAGUGCAUUUGGUUAUCGAUUAUCAGAUGAAGUUGUCAGUAUAAUGGUACAGAAGUUUGAUAGAUUUGGCAGAGGCACAAUACUCUUUGAUGAUUUUAUCCAGGCUUGUGUCACAUUAUAUAUGUUGACAUCAUCAUUUCGUCAAUAUGAUACGGAUCAAGAUGGAGUUAUAACUAUACAUUACGAACAGUUUCUUAAGAUGGUCUUCGGCUUAAAGAUGCAAACAUAA